AGCUAAGUAAAGAUCCAAUCAAAAGAAGUGUGAAAAGGGUAUACAUAUUGGGUAGGUAGAGGGCAUAUAUGGAAGAGGGAAUGUCGGGAUUUUAUGUUGGCGCACCACGCGGCGGCGGCGGCGGUGGGAGUAAAUGUGGGCGGUGGAAUCCGACCAGCGACCAGGUUAAAGUUCUGACGGAGCUCUUCAGGUCGGGGCUCCGAACUCCGACCACCGAUCAGAUCCAAAAGAUCUCUUCUCAGCUCAGCUUUUACGGCAAGAUUGAGAGUAAGAACGUGUUUUAUUGGUUCCAAAACCAUAAAGCCAGAGAGCGACAGAAGCGUCGCAGAGUCGUCUUGGUCGACGAAACCAAGGAAGAUAACCUUAUUCCCCAACACCAACGUAAGGAUACCAAUAUCCCAUCAACCAAACGUUUUUCAGACAUAAAUACCAAAUACAACGAAAUACCGGAUGCUGAAAGGGUGAUAGAGACUCUGCAACUCUUUCCGCUGAAUUCGACAAGGGAAUCUGAACCAGAAUCGGAAAAACUCAGAGUUUUCGGGAACGACGAAGGAGGAUGCAAUAAUAACAAGGAGAAUUAUUCUUCAUUUGGAUACACCAUUAAUGGUGCCGAAGUGCAUCAUUAUAAUCCUAUGUUAGAUCUUCGUCUAAGCUUUCUUUGAUUCCAUCGUAUAAUAUACAUAUCAUUAGGGUUUCGAAUUUAGCUAAGCUAGCUCGUGAUGUUCAAGACAAACAAUCCAUGUUAUUGUUAACAAUUGUACGACGUUGCUUGGUGCAUCAUCUUUAGGUGCCAAGUUUCUCAUAAAUCAAAUAUCUUGUAAAAA